ACAUUUGUUAGCUUCCGUUUGACUUCCGGUGUGCGCAAAUUGUGAUUUGCGGCAGUGUCAAACAACGGUAGUUUAAUUUACACAAUGAAGAUCGUUACCUGGAACAUAAACGGCAUAAGGACUUUCAGAGGCGGCAUUAAAAAGGCUCUUGAUUCAUUAGACGCAGAUAUUAUCUGUGUUCAAGAGACAAAAGUGACAAGAGACUUGCUCGAUGAAAGAACUGCCAUUGUUGACGGCUACAACUCAUAUUUCAGCUUCAGUCGAGGACGCAGCGGCUAUUCAGGGGUUGCCACGUACUGUAAAGACAGUGCCACUCCAUUUUCUGCUGAAGAGGGCCUCACAGGCCUGCUAACCAACCAUGAAGGGGCAGUCGGAUGUCAUGGUGACCAGACUGCGUUGUGCAGCGAGGAGCUGCAGCUUUUGGACAAUGAAGGACGAGCUGUUAUCACACAGCACAGAAUAACGUGUCAGGACAAGGAGAAAACUGUUACUGUAAUCAAUGUAUACUGUCCACGGGCUGACCCUGAAAAGCCGGAGCGAAAGCAGUUCAAACUGCAGUUCUACAAGUUGCUUCAGAGUCGGGCUGAAGCGAUACUGAAAGAUGGGAGCCACGUGAUUGUUUUAGGAGAUGUGAACACAUCUCACCGGCAAAUAGACCACUGUGACCCCAGUGAUAUUGAGGACUUUGGUGAAAACCCAGGGAGGAAGUGGCUUAACGGCUUUUUGCAAAGUGGCAGACAAGAACAGGCAAUGAAUGAGGAGGAACCCGAUGAAGAGUCUGAGGUAACUUCAUCGGAUCCCGUCCACAGUGGAAAGUUUGUGGAUACCUUUCGCUAUUUCCACCCAACUCGCACCAGUGCCUUCACAUGCUGGUCCACGCUCACUGGAGCGCGACAGACCAACUAUGGCACACGCAUUGACUACAUUUUCGCUGACUGCCAGCUUGCCAAGGAGCAGUUUGUGGCAGCGGACAUCAUGCCAGAGGUGGAGGGGUCAGACCACUGCCCUGUGUGGGGGCAACUGAGCUGCUCUCUGCUGCCCAGCUCCAAGCCUCCUCCCCUCUGUACAUGCUACCUGCCAGAGUUCGUUGGCAAGCAGCAGAAACUCUCCCGCUUCCUUGUUAAGAUGGACCAAAAACCAUGUCAGUCUGGGCAGAGGGAUGCAUUACCUGGAUCUCAAGAAGAGGAGGAACGGAGGGAGAAUUUAAAACCAUGCGGAGCUGGAAACAUCUCUGGUAAAAAACGGCUGUUCACAUCAGACUCCGUUGUCCCAAAGGGGAAAAAGACUAAGACAGUGAAGACUUCUUCAACGCCACAGGGCAGCCUCCUCUCCUUUUUCAAACCCAAACUCACAAACGCCAGUCCCUCUACUGAAGCCCCCGUCAGGCAGUGUGAAAAAACACCCAGUGUGGACAAAGUUACCUCAUCACAAAACUCCCAGAAAGCAUUCACAACUAGCGCGUCCUCAGACACAAGCAGCGUGCCCGACGCUGAGCUCGUCUGUGAUGGUUCACCACAGCUGUGCACGAGCAGCACCACAGAAGAAAAGGACAAACGGAUGGAGACAAAACAUUUAACCGCACAGCCCAAUGUGGGACGUUCAGAUUCCAAAAAGGGGGCAUCGUUAGUGUUUUGGAAGUCGGUGCUUCACGGACCGCCCCCACCACCCUCCUGUAAGGUCCACGGGGAACCCUGUGUACUUCGUACUGUGAAAAAGGAGGGGCCAAACAUGGGCAAACAGUUCUUCGUGUGUGCCCGUCCUCAGGGACAUGCAUCCAACCCUGAGGCUCGGUGUAAUUUCUUUGCGUGGGUUGACAAAGUGAAGUGACAAGUUUACUGUAUGGACCAAAGUCUCUAGCUCCCACAAGUUCUGUAAGACCACUACACACACACGUCUCAUCAUGUCACACAUUUUAAUUGUCGACUGUAUGUUUCUUUCUUUGCAAAUGACAAUAAUAAUAUUAAAUGACAGGUUGUUUUUUUCUAUUACU